GAAUUUUUUCGGGGGAAAGUUGUACUUGGGCCAGAAUUUUUGACGUCCUUGAUUUAUUGCAGUAUCUUGUCGUAAGUAGAAACUAUGGCUUGGAUAACAGCAGGCGUGACAAAAAAAAGAAAAAUUGAUUUUGGUCGAUGAGAUUUAGUCAGAGCUCUCUCAUCGCGUAUCUGGAUCGGAGUCGAUAAUAAAUCUACAAACUAAGAAUAGACAUUCAGUCCACUGACGCGUCUCAUGCGGCUUCCCUCCUAUUUGUUUGCCGCGACUGCGGCAGCGCGGGAGUUUGUGGAGAGCGGGAACACCGACGAGCCGGAGCAUGAUUUGUCUUCUUUUGCUCAGACCGGAGAGGCUGUCGCGGAACCCCCAGCGACGCAAGCUCCAGCACCAGCGGCCCCAAGGCACUACACUCGAACGGGCUCCGCACACAAAUGUAUUAUUGAAAUUCAUCCGGUGUUGUAUUUAGUGUUUGGCUUUGGUAUAAAGGAAAAACUUUUGUUUGUGUUGCUACACCACAAAUAUUUGAUUGAUUGUGAUGCUUGUUACGUGCAUAAAGAAAAAACACAGAAAGAAAAAUGCGAAUUACAUUCUGUCUUGUUCGAACCGACUGUACAGACGGCUACGCCAUCCCGAAAGACGCUGGGAUUGGGACCAACUACAACGCGAAGCACGGUCCGAAAGUGAAUUUUCCCCACGGUAUGGAGCACUGGGAGAAGAAGGCGUCCAACAUGCUCUGGCGCACGGACCUGCUGGAACCGUCGGGACCCGGCGGCGUGGUGGUGCCCAAGUACGCAGAGAACUACCACCUCACCUUCAAGGACCCUUUGGUGAUGCGCAACCCCAAGGACGACGAGCUGCCGCGCACCGAGGACCAGACCUACCGGGCGCAGGUGGACAUGCCCACCCUCGGGGAGCCGAAGGAGACGCAGUUGUACCGCGACCAGAAGAAGCUCGCGUGGCGCGAUUGCGCGUUCCAUCUGUACGGCAUUCCCGCCGUGCAAGACAACCAGCAGCGCAGACCGGUGGUCUGUUACCCGGUAUAUCGUUUUUGAUUUUUGUACUUGCAACCGCAAGAAAUAACCUGAAGAUGUAGUAGAUGCUACUAGUUGUCUCUUGACAAAAUCUAGAUGUCGUUACGCACGUUUUGUAGUCCGUUUUUUCCAUGCGUAACACAUUUUUUUAUCCUAGGUCGGCUGGCAGUGGGCACGUGGCGUAGAGCUGUAUGAAGACACUAACCUCGGCCUGUAUGAUAGCAAAUCUUGGGUGAGGUACAAACAGCAUCUUGCGCUGAGCAUAUCUAAGGAGCUUGCGGAAGCUGUAUUUGAUUAAUCUCUUGAAGAUUAUUAGCAUUACACUGACCAGUUCGUUUGUGCAUGGAUUGUGAUGAAAGGGGUGAAAACGCGGAAACAAAGAAAAAGUUUGGUCCUAGUGCCAAGAUUUCGCUAGUAAAUGCUUCCCGGCCUGAUGGAAGUAGUGGACGCAAUGGAGAAGCUGUACUACGAGGGUGCUCGGUUCGCCCUCGCGAUUCGUCAGGGCAAGGGUAAUUCGCCGGAACAGCUGUUGGAACCGAUCAGUGAGUUUACCGGCGCCGUACCGCAAAAGGUCCUGUACUGCAAUCCAGACGAGCUGAGCUACUUCGACUCCCACGGCCGGUGCGUGUUUCGCGACGACCAGGGUAAGUAUCUGAUCGGGUAUCGCAACCCCGGCUACCUGCAGAUGCAAAACUGGCGAGGCGUUGUCACGCAUUCUGCCGAAGGGUAUGAAUUUUGUCUUUACGCAGUUAGUUUUUUUUUCAUUGCUUCUGCUAGGCAUUUCGCAGUUCUCAUUGCGUUUGUUUUGCUGUCCGUCAUGGUCAUGGAAAAGGUCGAGGAACGCGAGCAGAGCAAUGGAAACCAAAUACAUCUCUGACGGCACGAUGAAUGUGUCUUGCUCAACGAUGAAAGCAAUUGAUGCAGACCUUACCAGGUUUUCAAAUCGACAGCGUCAGCUGCGCUAUGUGUCUAAACUCGGUAACACACGCCCAUAUCUGAUCGACGGACGAAGAUGCAGAUGAGCAGCAAUUUCGCAAGUUCUUCGCUGAUCAAUACUACUGCAGGAACAGCGACAAACAGAAAAUUGUUGGUGCCGCGGGGAUUACAAGUGACAAGACGUACGCGCUGGCCUUCCCAAGCAGAAGUGAGGAGCUCGGCACCCCGGCUUUGUACAAAGUACCAUGGGGAGGCUGGGUCGCGGUGGCGCAGGAAACUCUAGGCGGGCUUGGUAAGAGGCUACAUAAAAGGGGAGUCGUGUGCGCUUAGUAUAGCAAGCGGAAUAAUUAUUGCUAGCUGAAACUAUGAAAUCAUUAUGAUUUAGAAAUAGAAUACGACUCAGGUUUUUUAUUGCGUCUGUAAGGUGAACGAUUUGAUUUGUGAAAAAAUAACAGCCGAGGAGGGAGUAGACUUAUCCACCGCGCAUUGGUCUGGGUCUGAAAAACUGCAAAGUUGGAAAGCAUCGCGGCUCGCGUAUCGCAUGUCUCUCUCUUCUCUAGACUUUUUGAUGCAUGCUUUUGUUGCAUUGCGAAUAAAUGCGACCUUUUGUAAUGCGGAAUACUGCCUAGCCCUAGCGUCAGCACAAGGACAAGUAUGUCCGACUGGUCAACAUGCUCGGCAGUGCAUCUCUGUCUGUUUGGUAACCACUAGCUAGAGUCACAACUUUCAUCCAGAGGACCCAGACAUAUUUGCAGUUGACAAGACUACAACGAAGACAGCGAUCCUUACCAGGAGUUCGUAUGAGAACGCACAAUUUUAUCUCUCACACACUUGAAGUCCAUUCCUCCAAGGAACAGACGCCAUCACAAGAAACGACAACGCGAACAGCGUGUGCAUGAAGAUAAACUCAACAGACGCUGAGCGAGUUCCGGUAGAAGGAGGUGUCAUGCAUAUCUUCAAGUAGCUGCAAAAGGCACGAGUACGGGGGAAUUUUUGUGCACUUUCAUACUACGAUGAGGAGUUCCGCGAAUACUGGUCUUGGGCGCCUAGUUAUCCAACAAAAUACAAGCUGUUUUAGUGGAAAUAAAUUUAUUGUACUGCAGGUGAGAAUAAUGCAAGGGACAACUUUCAAUUGGUUUAUUCGCGCGUACUACGUACGAGGACUAGGUACGCAUGAGAAGUGUUGUCAUUGCAGAACUUAUCGCAAUCAUGCUGCCCUCCCUCGAAAAAAAUCACACUAGCUGCUUUUUUUCCCUGGAUACUAGUCGCACAUCGUCUGCUUUGUUGCCGGAGGCCCCCCUCGGCUUCCACUAUCACUACGAGCACAUGGCCUCGGGACUGCCGCUGGCCGAUCUAGAGUCGAGAUUUGAGUACGACGGCAUCCGGGACUUUGACGACCAUGCCAAGUUUGCGCAGGAAGAGGCCGAGCGGCUGAAUUUGAGCGCGGAGUGGGACAGGCUGGUAUGCGGGAAAAGCUCAGUGUUUUUUUCUAUGUGGUGCGCUUGCAAAUGUUGGUCUUCGUUCCCUCUUAAUGUACUUACUUUCCAGGAAGGCGGGCAUCGGUUCGUCUAUCUUAUCUUCAGCGCGUGUUACCUUGUCCAAGAUUUUUUGGAUUUUUGGCGUGUUUCUUCAUCACAACAGGUGCAUGCCAUGUACAAGCACGUACAUGGGCAGCGGGUAGUGGAAGCGACGACCACGGACCAGGACAACUCGCAGUUUGCCAAGGUGUGCAAGUACCUGGGGGAGCACAACUUGGGAAUCGACCGCAUUUUCCAAGUUGCCCACACGGACUCCAGUCAAGUCGUGCUGCAACUCCACUACCGGGCGUCCAUUUUGCUACAGUACCUGACCAAGGUGACGAAAAACGACUUGUUUGCAUCCUUCCACAUACGGCAGAGAAACGCGGUUUUUCGUCCCGCACCGCAGUUCUUCAUAGUGGCGUAUGAAGAUAUUCGCUUGUGAAAAAAUUCUAGCAGCUGCUUUUGAAGAGGGAGUCAUAAUUCAUUCAGACCGCAACAUUCUCCUUUGUUCUACUCAUUAUAUCUGAAAGAGUACGUUUUAUCACGCACAGGAGACGAACAGCGCAGCCGUUUGUAGUCUCUCUCCGCUUGUUUUCAUGUUCUUCCCUGCGGUGCAUAAGCAACUGGAAGAACGACCGCGGUGCGGGGCGAAUUUGUUUUGCAUACGACCAGUGCAGCAUGCAGAACCGGAGGUCGCGCAUCGACGAGGGUAAGGACCCCCUCGCCCUGUAUGUGGAUUUGCGCGCGACGGCGCUGCGGGCGCGGGAACGAGAUGUGUUCAACAACAUGGCUUACAAGACGUACACCGAGCUGCACCGGGAGCUGGUGACGGAGGUGCAGAUGUACGGCGUCGCGAGCCCGCGCGCGGUGCAGCUGCGGGACGUGCUUGAGAAGCUGGCGGACGACUGGGAGCGGUCGCCGCACGGGUGUUACUUCCGGCUCCCCGCCACCAGCUCCGCGCCGGGCGGGGUGGACCUGCUGAUCAACCCCUGGGGCUCCCAGCCGCGCAACACGGACGGCCGGCUGUCGCGGCACUGCUACUCCGAGGACACCGAAGCGCUGCUGCACGUGGACCGGCUGGCCUGGAUCACGACCGCGGCGGGCAAGGGCUUCCAGCCCGAGGAGGAAACCGGGGGCCGCCGCGUGCCGGCCAAGGACAUCCCGGCCGCCACGACCGCGCUGCCGACCAAGAACCCGCUGGACACGCGGCUGUUUCUCACCUCGAACAUAUUACAGUGAAAAAUGCCCCCACCCCGGAAUUUGCAGAAGUUUGUCAUGCAAAGUUUCCAAAUGAAAGCUUUUUGUCUUGCAUAAAAGGAUUGCGAGUGUUUCUGAUGCAGAAUCAGGGUGCGCAAAGUGCCUUGUGCAUAACAGAUUCGGCUGCUGUUGGGCUACUUCGCAACACAAAUUUGACCUAUUCACCAUGGAAAAUUUGUGAUGCUGAGUUAUGCAAGACGGGGAAUGUUUCUGUUGGAAAGGUUUGCAAUACAAAUGCUGCCAAGCUGGGAGUGGGGGCAUUUUUCACUGUAAUAGAACACGCACGGCAAGAUGGAGGAGCUGCUGCACCAGGUGGACGGGUCACUGACCUACGAGGGCACGCAGGACGAGAACAUGCCCGACGCCAUCGUGCACGCGGGCGACUUCUCCUUCCUGGACUCGCAGGUGCAGCAGACCUACUCCAGUCAGGCGGGCAGUUUCGUGUCCUCCGGCGAAGUGUACACCACGGUGCCGCGCGUGGAGCAGCUCGAAAUGGAGGCCUACAAGACGUCGCGGCGCGCGCGCGAGCGCGUGCACGCGCAGGGGGGCCGAGACGACUCCUUCGACAGGUUUGUGGAGCAGGAGAAGGAGGCGCAGGAACGCGCGCUGCAGGUGAAGCUGGCGCUGCGGCAGUCCGCCCGGGGGACGGCCAUCACCGGCGAGGCGGACCUGUUCCCGAGCGCCUACACCAACCUGGAGUGGACGGACAUCGGCUCGGACAGCACGGCCUUCAUGCCCAUGCCGGUCAGUGACGUGCCCGGGGACUACCUGUCGCCGGACCUGGAGGAGAACCUGCGCGCGUUCUCCAAGCUCGGCCGGCGCUGGGGCCGGUUCUGGAAGGUGGAGCGGCUGUUCGUGCAGGGGGGGCACGACGUGUCCCUGGAAGACUACGCCGUCGCGGAGGCGGUCAACCAGAUAUCAAAUGUAAAAAUGUCUGGGUCUGGAAGAAUGCAAGACUUGUGAUGCAGGUUUUCCAUGACCCAUGAGGUCUGGAAUGCGAGACCCAGCAUGACAGAUUUUUUGAGGACUCCAUCAUGCCUUUCCUGCAUGAGAAACUACCCCUCAACUUGGUCAAAAGCGGACAGCUUUUGGUACUCACGCAGCACAGAUUUUCGCAUCAUUGAGAUUUAGCAUGACAAGUUCUAACCUUCCAGACCCAGACAUUUUUACAUUUGAUACCAGAAGCGCCACGGCAAAAACGGGCUCACCUACGAACCUGGGACGAUGUACCUGCGGGUAUCCUAUGUAAAAACGUCCCCACCCCAGAGUUGUCAUGCAGAUCUGAAUGCUGAAAAUGUUUCUCAUGCGGAGCCCCAUAAGAAGCAUGUCGCAGUCGUGUUUUGGAAUUUGUCAUGCUCCAACCAGCACGAUAUAGUAGAUCUGUGAUGCUGCUGAGGUAGGUCAAACAGCACUACACUACGAGUCCAAAUCUGUCAUGCAAAACGGCCAAAGCUUGUGGAUUUGUCUAGCCGAGUCCCCAUCUUGACUCUGGUGUGGGGACGUGUUUACUCAGGAUAGCGGGGGGGCGAGUUGGACAUGGUAAGGCUGCAAACACUGGCGCUGAACAACCAGUGGACCGACGAAGACCGCGCUUUCCUCUGGAUGAAGUGCAUCGAAAGCCUCACCCCGGAGUCCGAGCGACACAUCUUCAACCUCGAGGCGGAGGAAACGGGUAUUUAUGAAUGUUGUUCGGCGAGUUGCUUGCCGUGUGUAAAUUCACUAGGAUGAAGAUGAAUGCUACAGCGCCAGCGCUGCUGUUCUAAUUUUUAUGAUGGUUUGAUUUGGUAUUCUUUCUCCAUUUCUAUGUCUGGCUGUGCACAAGGAAGCUGCGGAUCCAUGAGAAGUCAAUCAAUCUUUUUUCCAUUCCAUCUCCCAACAGCCAACACUUGCUCCGUCGAAGAGCUAGUGCACAUGCGUUCCAAGCCGUGCGGACAUUGGCUGAACAUGCACGCGAAGCCAUGGCACAAGAUCAAGCGCACGCAGUUGACGGUGGGAGGGUCCGGUGCCGGUACCUGGAAACCGGCGUUCUACUCCAUGACGCACCGAAAGACGGGGAACAUUCAAGCCUACCACACGCUCGAAGCUAAGCUCCGCGCCUGCCACCUGCGAUCGUACGAGACCGAGACGGCGGAUGUGCAGGGUGUGGACCUGUUCGUGUCCCAUGAUGACUUGAUUACCGACGGCGCGGAGGGCGCCAUGGAACGCGCCAGCAUGCUGUUCGAGAACCCCUACGCUAUGUACGACUACCACCCGGAAACUGGCGUGACGCCUUCGAACAAACCCAGUGUACGUCUUUCACGAAAUGGUUGCAUCGCUAGUUUUUUUUCACAUGAGAGGAAUGGAGUUCGAUUGAUUUUAAUAUAGCGACCUUUCCGUUGGAUUAGGAUUUGAGUUUGCCGUGCACGGCGUUUCUUGACGUACGAAACGACGUCGCAAAAGCAAGAGCAAUGCCACUCCAUGAUGACAAAAAGAAUUUCCCCAAACUUGACCAACAUCGCCGCGCAGGUUGUCUUCAUGGGGAACCGCCAGGCGGGCCCCCUGGUACGGCUCCAGCCUUCGAGUAGCAGCGGCAGUGGCGAGUUCAUGUUCUUUAUCAAGGCCCCGGCAGUGGGCAAGGGUCUGCACGUUUACUCGCCGCCACUCAUCGUCGACAUGCCGCCGCGGGCGGAAAUGCAGGAGCUACUGGGCCGGCACCACGCCCCAUCUCCCGUUGUUGACGGACCGAAAGUAGGAAGGUAAAAAUUUAAAAAUGGAAAUGCGGGGCGUGCAGUUUUCAUAAAAUUUUUCUACUUCGGAAGAAGUGCCUUCGAAGAAAUCAAACCAAGUAGUACCCCCAAUCUUCAGUAAAACUGAGAAACGCUAGCUAGCAGAAUCUAUGUGAACCCCCACCAAAAACACUCUUGGAAAGUUGACUCUUGUACAAAAACUCUACAAAAAUUUGAUGUUUGUCGACCCAGAUUUGCGAGUUUGAUUGUGCUUUGAAAAAAAUGAACCCGAGGAAUUUUUCUUGUUUCACCAAUUAUUUUUGUCGUUUGAUUACACCGAUAAUGCACACCAGUACCAAACUAAUCUUACAACGAGAACAGAUUGAUUUCCAACUUUAGCAAAACUAACAAACAGCAUCGAUUCGAAGAAGAAAAAACCUGUUGCAAUAUUCGAAAACGCCGAGCGAAGAAUGAGUAUUCAGAAGAGGUUACAGAAAGACUAACCUGUACACAGCAUCGCGAAAAAAUUAAAAAAAUCCGGGAGUGUGCUAUUCGCGACAACGUAAAAAAUUAAAACAGAAAAUGUACUUGAGUUUCCUAGAAUUAUUGUUUCAUGUUGAUCUACUUCUACUGUACCAUUUGACAGAGGAGAUACUGUAUACAGAUGUCUUUGAAAGAAAUUGUCAAGGAUGCAGAGUCCUACGUGUAUGAUGCAAAGGUAAAAAAGACCGAAGAUAUGAA